CUUCCGGUUACAGAUCCCACUUCCGGUCACUGUUCAUCAUCUCCUCUUUCGCUGACGCUGUGAAGUCGUGCAAAUUGUAAGACUCGUCCUUACUUCCAGACUUCUAUGUAUGCUGCAUUUUGACAACACAGGAGCCACUGAAAGGCAAGGAAUAUGUCUGCAGCACAACUGAGCACCGCCGUGUCGGAUUUCGUCCUCUCGGCCUCUGCUGUUCUCCCAGCGCUCACACUGUGGCGCCCCUCCCCAGUCGGGUCCGUGGGUUUCUUGGUCAUCGGCAUCGCUGCGGGGCUUGGAGUUCUGCGUUUCGGACAAGGCUCGCCGUCCCCCAGCUUAGUACAGGCUCACCAGUCCCUCUCAUGGCUAGCUAACGUCCUGGGGACGGCCUGUAUUUCUGCCGCGCUGCACAGCAAGAUGGUGGCCGGGCACAACCUUUGGACGGACUAUCGUCUAAUAGGAGCCGCCCUCUUGCUUGCCAUCCAUGGGUUCCUCCCGCCUAAAGUUUCGGAACUUGCGACUCUUCUCCUGAGCGGGAUCUCUGUAGUAACGGCGGGAAUUUUGUGCGGAAGGAACGGCGACACGUCAGGUGUAACGGGCGCGGUGUUGUACGCAGUAUCAGGGCUGGUGAUUGGGGUCGAAGGGAGCUUUCUCUCCAUCCCUCGUGUUGACUGGUUCCACUACGCCUUGGCGCUGGGGAACUACGCGUUCUACUCCGCACUGUCUUAAUGAUCACCACAACGUUCAUGCACAUUGACUUUAGACCACUAUACAAGUACUAAAUAAAACUUGCUGGCUAUAGAAUUGCAACCGUGA